CAAGUAGGACGGUCGUCUGGUCGAAAACUUUUACUCUUCACUGAUUUCUCUUCUAACAACAUUAAAAUGUCAAACAGAAGGAGAAUUGUCAUCCUGGGAAAAACUGGAAGUGGGAAAAGCAGCCUGGCUAACACCAUAUUUGGAGAUGAACUGUUCAAGAUUGGCCACACUGCCAACUCUGAAACUAGUAAAUGUGGAGCCAUAACAAAAUCUGUCAAUGGAAGAAACAUCACUUUGAUCGACACUCCUGGUUUCUUCGACACAGAUCGAUCUGAGGAGGAGCUGAAGUCUGGAAUAGUGAGGUGUAUCACAGAGUGCGCUCCUGGGCCUCAUGUUUUUCUCAUUGUGCUUAAAGUGGAGAGAUUCACAGAGCAGGAGCAGGCUGUCAUCGCUAAAAUAAACCAAUACUUUUCUGAAGAAGUUCUCAAGUUUGCGACAGUUCUCUUCACUCAUGGUGACCAGCUCGAGGAAGGACAGACCAUUGAGGACUUUGUCCGUGGUAAUGAACUUCUGAGUGAUCUGGUGAAGAAGUGCGGAGGCCGCUGCCAUGUCGUUGAUAAUAAAUACUGGAAGAACAACCAGCAGGAUGAAUACAGGAACAACCAGUUCCAAGUGAAGGAGCUGCUCAAAACAAUGGAAAAGAUAACUGAGGCAAACGGAGGAAGCUACUACACCAAUGAGACGCUACAAGCAGUGGAGGAAAAAAUAAAACAGGGGGAGGUGCUCAUUAGAAAGUCACCAGGAAAUAUGUCAGAGGAAGAGAUCAGAGAGAAGGCUAAAGACGGAGCAUAUGAUUGGCUUUUCGGACUGGCAGGUUUCACAACAACUAUAUUGUUAGGAUGUUUAUUUGGUUUUGUUUUGCUCAAAAGGUGACAAGAUAAAAUGCAGCUGAGGAAGCAGACACACCAGGGGAAGCAGCAAAGAAGGCAGUAAAGGCUGUCAUGAAUGAACACUAUCUGUCUUAAAUGCACAUUAUAAUACAGCCAAAGAUGAAACAGAAUCAAAACCAUAAAUUCACCACACUUAACCAUUGAGCUGAUCGUGUUCAUUCAUAUGUAAUAUGUAAUAGGUUGAAUGUCUUGCCUGAGCUUCAAACUUUAAACUCAAAAGCUUUUUCUUUUUUAUUAAUUAACCGUACAUACCUACUUACACUUACCUGUACUUAAGAUUUUAUAAAGUACAUAAAUGUCUGAUCCAUAAUGUUUAUACUUCAUGAUCCUUACCUAUAACAUGUUUUGGCUUUUUAUGCAAUUUGGAUUUGCUCUUGAUGUAUUUUUGUAUUUACUAUUUUGUGUUGCACAGCAAUUUGCCACGUGAUGAAAAAAGUUAUAUACUGUAGUGACCACUCACUAGCAGGACAAUAUUAGUUAGAAUUCACAGCGAGCUAGCCUUGUUGACGUUAUAUUUACUUGUUAGGUUUAUUCAACUACAUUACCCAUGACCGUUAGCGGGUUGAUGAGUUAAUGAUGCGGGACGGGGGAGCGCUUGUUUUUGUUGUCAGCGCGAAUGCAGAGUUUGUAAUAAAGCCGACGGUUAUUUUACAGGUCAAAUGGGAUAAUACUGUUUCUGAUCCUUUUCAUGUGGCGAAUGGGGUCCGUCAAGGAGGAAUAUUAUCCCCUAUUCUUUUUAAUGUAUAUAUUGAUGACCUUUCAAGACAGCUAAAUGAAUGUACAACAGGAUGUAUUGUGGGUGAUCAAGUUGUGAAUCAUCUCAUGUAUGCUGAUGACCUGGUUUUACUUUGUCCAUAUUCUGCUGGGUUACAAGAGCUGUUGAGGAUAUGUACACAAUAUGGAAGAGAAUUUGACAUCAACUAUAAUUCCAAAAAGAGUAAGGUUGUUGUGGUGAGA